AUAUCGCAGGUCACAGUGAAUCGUGCUAGGAAUAGUUUAGAACAGUUAUUUAUCACUAAAUACCCAUUUAGCCGUGAUAACGUCAGGCAAUGAUUUUAUCUCAGUAGCUCAGAAGUGACUUGUUCCGUUUGAACACAGGAAUGAUGGUACCGGUACAUACAGUAUGGAGUCCCACUGUAACAGUGGCAGGAUUGUGCCUCUUUGCUGGACCAAUAACAUAUGCUUUCAACAAUAUAUUACAGUCAUCUGAGUCUGCAGUAAUGUUGGUUGUAGCAGCUGUCAUAAUGUGUUCCAUUGUGAUUGUAAUGUACCUCAUCACCAGGAGUAAGAUCAAGAAUAAAAUGUACUAUUGGUUUGGAUUGUUUGCAUUUACAAGUGCUGUUGACAUAUUUGCUGCAUUGGAGGCUGAUGGGAUUAUUGCAGGAUUCAUGGCAGUAUAUCUGAAAUAUGGAGAACCAUAUUUAUUUUCUCCUUGGGGUUCCAUAGCAGCGUACUGGGAUGGAACAGUAUUUCUAAUAUCAUAUUUAAUAAUGGCAUAUUGUGCCAGCAAUGGAAUAAGUUACCGUAAUCUGGGCAUCCAUUACUCAGCAGGAAUUAUCAACAGUAUGAUAGUGCUUCUAUUAGGAGGAUGCCUUAGUGAAUCAGGAAUGACCUGGUGCACAAUGCUAAACAUACCAUAUGUUAUUGUACCUGUAGUCAUUGGUGUACAGUGUCUUUCGGAGAAAAGAAACUGGAAAAGUUCAAGGACUUCAACUCUCAUUGAUAAGCUUCUUGCAUUAUUUCUCUUUGGAGCAACUCUUGCAGGUCUUCUUAAAGGGCUGGCAUGUCUUGGAAGUCAGCAACAGUUACCAGUGUGGUAUAAGAGUAAUGUGGAGCCCAUUACCAUGCAGACAACCCCAGCACCAUUUGCUUGGAUUCAGGGCCUCAUCAUGAUAUUUUAUUUUGUACCAAGUUUCAUAAUUCUUGCAUUUGGUUUAGUAUUUUGUCCAAAUGCAGAAUGGAUGAUGGAUUUGUCACUUCUUGUUGCUGGAGCUACAUCACAGGCCGGCGCAGCACAAAUUGGAAUGUCACUUCAUCCAUCAACAUUAACAGAGCAUCAGAUGCCAAGCCUUAAGGAUCUCACAGCAUUUUCUUUAUUUUGGGCAACAAAUAUUCUCACAGCUGUUCUACCACAAAUUAUUGCUGUAUGGUUGUGUUACCUGGAAACUAAAAAACAUGACACAGUGAAGAGCAAUAGUCAGCUUAGUAGUUCAAAUGUUACAAACAGAAAAUCAGGUCAAAAGGGCAGAAAGCAUGACAUUCAUAGUACAGAGCCUGAAAGAAGGAAGCAUGACAAAGGAAUUAAGGAAAAGAAAAAUGCCAAUAUGAAAAAGAUCACUAAUACAGAAACUGAAAACAAGAAGAAAGCUUAAUGAAUCCUGUACAAUGAAAUAUGAUAAAAUGUAUUGUUUCACUUUGCAGUAUAAAUAGUAUUUGAAUUAUGCCUAAAGAGCUAAAUACAAUAAUAAAAAUUUAUACUGAGAUUGCCAAUGAAUUUAUGUCAUCAGAAAACAUUUAUGUACGCAACAGACAGUAUGAUUGCAAGAAUAUAC